ACGCGAUAGAACGAACUCUCAGCCACGCCGCAAAAAUGAAGCAAAUUCUUCUCACUUUAGGCUCCGUUCUGGGAUUUGUUUUGAUCCUUCAUUUGGACAUAAUUCUGGCACAGACGGUCGACUCGAGUAAUCCUACCAAUGUGAAUGUUGGCGUUCCUAAAACAGUCAUUGGCGGCAUCAGAUGCUUUGACUGCAACUCCUUCUACAGCCCUUCAUGCGCUGAUUGGUUUAACAACCAAACAUGGAAUCUUGAACCAUGUGGCCAAAAUGUAACCAUGUGUAGGAAAAUGAUCCAGGAAGCCUACUUUGAUGGUGCGUGGAACGUGCGCUACAUCCGCCAGUGCGCCGAACAUGGUGAGGUUGGAGCUGACGAGGGCCGUCGUUGUAUUGAAAGGGCCGGAAUGUACCGUGUCAAGAUGAGGUAUUGCCAUUGUGAUAACAAAGAUGGCUGCAACAGCGCAUCAUCGGUGAAGAUGAGCCUCGCAAUGAUCCUGCCCCUGUCCCUUGGGUUGUUGAUAUGUAAAUACUUCAGCAGGCUCUUAUAGGACAAUUCGACAUCUGUUGGCUUGCCUUCGGUUCUCCAGGAAUCGAAUCCACUCUUAGUUCAGCUUGCUACAUGUAAGUGUAGUUGUUGCUACUGUCUAUACACACGCGCGUACAGAAUGUGUCGGCUGAUUUUACUACUCUGCGCACAUUCAUUUGUUCAUUCAGUUGAUCACUCUGAAGAAUCGAAGGCAGGCAGGUUUUUCUUUAACCUUUUGACAUGAUCACAUUCCAUGAUUACUCGAAGGAAUGCAUUUUGAAGGACUGGGCUUUUUGUUAUGUGGGUACAUCUUCAAAGGCGAAGUAGUUUAUUCUGGUGCCUUUAAAUUCCAAGAAAAUGGGGGAGGAACAUCGCAUAUAACCACUGUUAACUCUGAAUCCAUGAAAAGGACUUCUCAGUUAAAUUUGGAUAUGUCAGCCCUCUUUGAAUGGCAGACACACAUGUCUUAUAAAACCCAGUCCAUUUCAAAAUGUCUGGGCUGACGUUGGCUUAGAAAUGCACUAAUUGCUGGAUUUCCAGUGUAUAUUGUUUGUUUGUUUAAAAGUGUAUUUUGUGUGUAUGGUUAGGAAAAACAUCAAAUUUUAGGCCGGUUUGUUGCAUUAUUUAUUAAUAGCUAGACCAUUCAAAAAAUGCCAUUUCUCGAUAAGUGCAACAAGUUGGGCAUGUUAAAAAAAGGGCAGAACAAAUGCAAAAUGCUUGGUUCGAGGAAAAGUAUAGAUCAUGCCAUUUCUUUAUCUUAGUUUGGUUGGUACUUGAAUACAUUCGUAUCUUAACAAAGCAUUAGCCACUACAUAUUAUUUGUAAAAUGUCUAAUACUAGAAUAACUAACACCCCAGCUUAGAUUAUACAUAAUUGCAGAAUUUUUACACCAACAUACAACAAUAUGUAAAUUCGAAGGUUGAGAUUUAUACGUGUAAGGCAAUGUACAAAGCCUACGUUGUGUUAUCUGUGUCUGCUUUUUGCCUUUUGUAAAAUAGUUAAAAACAUUUGUCUUUCAAAUGAUGCACAAUAGAGCAGUUUUCCUUGGUCUAGGCAUUAGGAUGGGUUGAAAUAAAUUCACUGGUCUGUUUCGGGUUCUGCCAAAUCCUUGGUGUGUUUGAAAGAAGAUGCACAUUGUCGCGCGGGCGUUCUUAUUGUCGACAUUCAGACUUCUUGCCAAGAAUCGGCUCACAUGGCCUACAAUCAUUGACCUCGAUAUUUUGCGAGUCCUAUUUUAUUAUCUAUUUGGCACAAACAUGUCCUGCUCUUGUCUGUUUGACCUAAAAAUCACUACACAUAGAGCGCCCAGUGAAAUUUUAUUUUAGUCAUGUUGGUGAUUCAGUUCACCAAAAGCCUGUGAUUUUAGUAUACAAGUCGCUGGUCGUGAUAGACUCCAGAAUCUUUAGUGGCAGGUGAAAUCAAGGGGAAACGGAACUGAAAACAGAGCCUUUGACGCCUUUAAAAAUCUUGGAAUCAAUUGUGGCUCAUAACCGGUAUAUUGAUUUGAAUCGUCACCAUGUUCCUGACCAACAGUAAAUCUUUACCUUCUCACUGGUAACCCAUUUUCUGCCUAGCCUAUGCAUAUAUACUAUUGUUUGUAUAAGUUAUUACUGAAUAAAGUGUGGAAAAAAGCCCAGGUAUGCAUGUAAACUAGAACCAUUGUCAUUGUAGCUGGAUUAGUGAACUGCAAUGGCUACCAAUGUAACUGUAUGAAUUAUUAAUUGCUACUACAAAUUGUAAAUUUUUAUGACUGCUUUUUAUUGUUCUGCUACUGCUACAUACCAAUAGUAUUCGCAAACAGAUCAAUUCUGUAAAGAGACUUUUUUGCCGAAAAUUAAUUGACUGGUUAUAAUUUGGGAGUAAAAGUUGUCAUUGACACCUCGAUGCAUGAAUUUGAAGUUUAAUUUCCCGGCCGAACUUCUCCAACAUUCCAAGAACAAUGCUCAACACAAUCAUAUUAAUAUACCAUGACAAGUCAGUGUUUUUGGCUUAGAGAGAUUUAUGUAUGCCAGCGUCUCAAGAUCUCUUUUCCCAAAUGUUUUUAAAAGAUUUGAUAUGUUCCUUGGGCAAGCCUAGUCCCUAGAUUUGAAAUAUUUGAGGUAAAAUUUCAUACGAUCACACUUAAUAAAAUCAACACUUAUAUUGCUGUGGAUUUCCUAGUGUGGGCCGCCUAAUGUGUACAUUAUUGAUUGAUUGAUUGAUUGAUUGAUUGUAAUAGUAGCAAUUGUAUGUAGAUAGUACAUGUAAUUAACCCUUUCAUGCUAGACCGGCCCUAAUGAGACCACUGACCGUUACCGUGUGUGAAAAAGCAGAUUGUGGGUGUAAGUUCUACUUUUGCUCCAUUCUAGGUGAAACACAAUAGUAUAACAGCGUGAUGGUGACAUGAUUUAGAAGUGUGAAUUUUGUGCCCUUUGGCGAACACUCGACAGUGUUGGAAUGUCAAUUUGCCCUCCAGUACUACUGGCACCAGAGCAUCAUGUUUUUGCAGAAAAACGUUCAAUACAUGUCAAAUUCUCCAAUGGCCAAGUACAAUUAUUGCCAAGUGGCAAUUUUUAAAAUCAAAGACGGCUAAGUGUAAUUUGUCGUUUUCUCAUGAUUGCUUGAACAUGAUACAUUAUUAAUAACGUUUCAGUUCUAGUACUAUGGUCUCAUUACCUGCCUUUCUGGCGUGAUUAGGUUCAACCAUGGUCAAUGCUCUGACCAAUUAUGGUCAAUGCACGGAUCAUUGUUAUAUUAAGCCAUCCAUACGAUCACAUUCUGUAUCUGUAUAUAGAGAUAGAAAUAGAGAUUGACAACAUUUUACAUGUAAUCACCGUUCCAAAUGUAUGUGUGUGAACUGUAUGUAUAUAAACUCAUAUUGACACAUCUUAAGGGUCCCCUUGUUCUCUCUCAAGCUUCUUCAUCUUUUGAAUAUGGUCCUAUUCCUGCCUGUGAAAUUUCAUUUGAACUUUUUUAUGUUGUCAGUCCAGUGCUUUAUGCACAUGCAUGUUUCGGUGGUAGAAUAUUCUUUAUUAUCACAAUUCUCACAGAGCUACUGCUUUGCCACCAGAAACAUGAUAUUCUGUAAACUGGAACUUUCACUGGCUGAUCAUAAAGUUCGCUGAGUUGGCCAUAUCCUCUGUCCAUCACAAAAAGUCUGAAAAUAUUUGCCUCAAUGGAAUUACUCACAUUGAAAUGCGCCAACAUAAAAAAAUAGUCUGGUUUACACUACUCAUUUACGAUCCAAGAACAACAACCUGGGCACAGAUGUUUUUUAAAGUCUGACCAAAUGACAAGAUCAAUUGAUGAAAAUAACUACGACCUUAACAGUUUUUAAAACAUGCAGCAUCAAAGGACCACAACGAUGGUCUUUUUUCUGCUACAUGCACGAUCAUUAGUACUUAAAGGAACUUUUUUUAAAUGGUGAAUGAAAUUUUUGAACAAAAAUGUAAACAUGUUACAUGAACUGCAUUCCACAUCAUUUGAAUUGCUCAUUCCUGCUUAAUACGCCUACAUGUAUUUUAAAAUCCAUUGUAAUUCAGUACUAUUCGAAACACAAGAAACUAUGCAGAAAUUGACCAAUUUUCGGUUUUUCUCAUCAAAUGCAUAAUGUCCAAUUAUCAUAUGCCUACGUCAGGAAUAUUUCAAUAACAAUGUGGACCAUAAUGAUUCUAUAACUCAAACAUUCCGAUGUUUUUUCUCUUCUUGAACUUUAAAUCAAAGUGUUGCGAAAUUUACCUCUCAUUAAUCAUUGAUACUAACAAAUCCUUCAGAAUUAUUGGCUGUAGUGUUAAUUCCACCGAAGAAAUCUCUCGCUGUUUGAUUAUUACUGUCACAUCUGUUCAUUAGACUUGAAUGAUGAGAAUUCUCAGUGAUUGUACAUGUCCUGUGUUUUAUAGGAAAUAAAUAACCAUGUGUAGA